UUUCUCUUUCCCGCUUUCAUUUUUUUCUUCGUCUUUUCCUCUGUAAAUCUCUGUUCUUGCUUUAUUUUAUAAAUCAUCUUUAAAUCGGCGAGCGAGAGAAACAAACCACAUCCCAUGUCCGCAUCAGUCGCUGGCCCAAGUAGACCACCAACGCAAGUACGGGAUUGGCUAUUACCAUUGCCAGUCGAACUUUCAGCAAAUGAUUCAUUUUCAACCGAUCUUAUUCGGCAAUUCGACAAGAAACGUUCGCGGUUACGCGUGGAGCUGAAACUAGAGUCAAACGAAACAGCUUCAUCAUCGUCAUCACCCUCUUUGCCAUCACAUCCAUCGCCUUCACCGCCAACUGCUGGAGCGCCUGCAACAACUAGAGUUGCCGAGACAGCCCCUCCAUCCAUCAGUAGUAGAACAACGACAGGCACGGAUAGAGGAGCAGGAGGCAGCAAACGCCGCCGAUCAGCAGGCGAUUUACUGCGCCGCUCUUCCGCCUUUUUACGGGCAAAGAUCGAAGCAUUGAGAGGCACUUCUCGAUCGCACGAUAAUCUGCAGCGCAACUACCAUGACAUGGAAGACGACGACGACGAACGACGACAUUCAAUCCCGCCACCAAGCAAGAUUGUAGUCAACACGACCAUUGCUAUUCCUCAAUUCAAUACCACGGCAACACAGCAGCCAACGACGAAUCACCAUGGCAACCGGCUUCUGUCACCGGUGGCAGCUUCGAUCCAGCCACCUGUGAUCACACAAUACCCGCCCAAGCCGUUGAAGUACUCGCCGGUUGAACCUGUGGUAUUGGAAGAAAGCACGAAAAAGAGUCUACAUCACCGCAUCUCGAUGCCUGUGCUUCGUAAUCAUAAUGGCAGGUCCACCUCGACGGAGCCCCGGCGACGUUCGGACGUCGGUGUCGAAAGGAUGGGAUCCAUAGGGAAAAGGGCACGGAAAGCGCUGGGUAGCUGUGCAGAGUUAAAGAGCAGAGGUGUCACCAGGAAGGGAAAAGAGCGUGCAGCUGGCUCGCCCGCAUCAACCACUUCCUCCUCCUCCUCUUCUGCUCCUGCGGCCAUUAUUACAGCAACAGAAACAAGCACGUCGGCUAUACUGAUGCCACCGCCGCCGCCACCUCCUCCUCCAUCUGCACUUUUGCCAUCAUCAGCCAAGGCAUAACCUGUUUUUCUUCAUUAAUUAUCAACGAGUAUUAUACUAGUAUCAUAGACAUUUGCAUUCAAUCAACCCUUUAUACCUCGAAGAAUUUGUUUACCUCGUCUCUAUGUAUUUUGUUCUUCAUUCUGCAAAACAUACACACACACACACACACACAUAUAUAUUACGAUUCACAAACAUGCACAAGACUAUACUCAACAAUAGCUACU